AUGCCAAGUGCUGAUGAUGUAUUUCGACAGUUCGAAAUUGAGUUGGACGCAGGUCGUGAACCGAUCUUUCAUGGUGAUGAAUUAAUAACUGGUAAAUUACGAAUUGAACUGAAGAGAUCGAUGACCAUACAAGCCAUUAAAUUACAAUUUAAAGGCCGCGCUGCGUAUAUAAAAAGAGAUUCCUCAAAAGGCGCUGAAAUUGAAAAGGUGUAUUUUGAUAGAGACUUCACAUUAUUGGAAAGACCACCUGGGCGACCGGAACCGGGACAUUUUCCAUGGAUCGCUGAUUUCUUAUACUGUUUGCCAUUCGAAUGCCUGUUACCUCUUGGUUGUCCAACUUCAUACGAAAGUCCUCAUGGAUUUAUCCGAUAUUUCAUUCGGGCUACUGUUAUCGAAGAAGCUGGAACUGAUUCGCGCGAAUAUAUUGCCAAAAAGCCGAUCUCAGUAAUUGCACCCGUGGAAUCAUUUAUGGAAUUAGCCGCACAACCGAUUGGUGCUUCAGAAACAGUAUCGUUUGGUGGUUGUUGUUGUCGUGGAAAAUUGAUCGCUGAAGUACGUUUACCGAAAUCUACGUAUGCACCAGGUGAAACAGUAAUUGGUUCUAUCAAAAUUGAUAAUCGACAUCCAAGACAUAUCGUUGAUCAGAUGGAGCUUCGUUUAGUAGAUCGUGUGCAGUGUGUUGAUUCCAAGAAUAAUAGUACAUUGCCAAAUCGAACUUUGCUUAUACGUCGGCUUGAGAAACACGAUGCUGUUAAGUCGAAAAGUCUGUUACAAAAAGAUGAAGUCUUUUUCUUGCAAAUCCCUGCUUUAGCGCCAACUAUAGGGAUAAAGUUACAUAAAUCAAGUGUUACUAAUAAUACUGCAACGACAGACAUUGAUUUUACAAUGACGCCAGAUCAUCAGCCAGUACCAAAUUCCACCGCUCUCUUAGUCAAAUUUCAAGAAUCUCCAAACAGUGUAACUUUGAGAUUCCGAAAGAAACCCUUUUUGCGGGUUGAAUAUGCUAUACAAUUAUCGCUUGGUGAUUACUUAUUGCUGGAAUUACCGAUAACAAUUUUACCAUUGCCAUGUCGAGGUAAUAAUAUCAGUUAUCAGCCAUUUGUGGGUGGCGCACAACCAAUACCGGAAAGUGAUGAGUCAGGAAAAUUUAUUUAUGGUGAUGGUUUCAUGUUUACUCCUCAAUACAGUGUACUGAUUCCAUCUGCCAGUAAUUAUUCAUCCAAAGGUAGUGUUGUUUCAAAUUCGGGAACAGCAGCGGCAAUAGCAAAUGCAGCACAUUCAAACGGUAACACUGAGAAUGGUACCAACAGAUGA